CUUUCCACCUCCGUUUGCGCAGAAGCGAAAGAAGCGGAAAGUUAGUCGGUUUUUCUCUGAACGUCCCUCUUCGCGUCUGGGUCUCUCUUUCGCUCUCCUGUGGGCGGAGGAGGAGGUGACGAGGGAAACCUGUUAGUUCCGCCUCCUGCGCGUCUAUAUAACGCUCAUGAUGUCUCCCCUCGAGCAGAGCUGCACCUGCCGUGGAUGUACAUAUCACUUUACUUACACGCCGUUUCUGGAGAUGUCCGCGUCCACAGAUGUUGAGAGCCAGUCGCCCGCCGUGCGCUCCCGUAGCCGGUGUCUGGACACCUUCCUCACCGUGUCCGUGAUCGCACUCUUCCUCAUGUUUAUGGUCGCGCUCGCGGGCGCGCUGUACUUCUCCAAGCACAUCGAGGACGAGAUAAACGCGCGGACGACGCGACGCUUAGACGGAUCUGCGGACGCGUUGGUCGCGCCGUUCCCCGAGACCGGAAACGCUUAUAAGAUGCAGAAUUUUGCUUACCUGAGGGCCAUUGAAAGUAAACUCAAAUCAGGUGUGAUGGCGUGGGAAUCUAUCGCGUAUGGAAAGAGUCGAACCAUCGGCUCUCUCUACAGCUAUGAUAAAAAACAGAAUGUGCUUAACGUGAAUGAGAGCGGAAGCUACUUCCUGUACGUCCAGCUCACUUUUUCCUGCACUGAAAUAUGUCCAUCUGGCCGAUUCACGGUCAGCUUUCAUAAUCAGCACAAUAGCGAGGAGCUCACCUGCACCGUCUCACUGCCUAAAUGGAGCGAAGAAACACCCAUUAGCAAGACGUGUUGGCGAGUCGUGACCUUUCCGGAAAAUAGAAACCGCCUUUUUGCCAAAUCCCAGUUUAACGGCACACUAGACUGGAAACUGGAGCUGAAUGACUCUGGCUUUGGGAUGUUUCUGGUGGACGGAUUACGAGCGGUACGUCACACGUGAUCACGAGAGGCCCGACCAAACUGCUUUCAGGCUGCUCGUUUGAGUCGCGUAACUUUGAUCCACACAGGACUUGUUUUUAAUGCUCUGAGGACCAGGACUCCACUAAUGUCCGCAGACUGUCUUGGCUAAUUUGGCAAUGCCUUCAGCUACCAGAAAGAGUGACUCUUUAACAUUUUAGCCACUAUAUUCAAAUGCAUUCUGCCAAAUUUUGCAGGUUUUCCUCUACAACAAAAGCUCAGAAAAUGCAAUGAGGUCUACAGACUUUGUCUGGACUUGAACAGAUAAGCAAUGCUUCUUAAGCACUAUUUAUAAUUUAAAUAUAUUUAUACGCGUUUAACUUUUGCCAUAUUUAUAUUCGUAUUUUGUGUAUACUGUACAUAGUGUGUGUGUGUGUAAAUGUUGUUUAAAACCGUUGUAGACAUCACUACGUGUGCGAGGCGUCAGACCGAACCCUUUCGUUCACUGAUUGCAUGUACUGUAUUAUUCUACUGAUGUUUAGGUACAUCACAGAAAUACUGAGUGAACUUUGACCAGCACAUCAACACUAGUGCCUCGGUUGGGUCUUUACGUUUGGCUGUAUGUUGUUGAAGAACUCAAAAUGCUGCAUGUGUGAAUGUUCAUGAACAUCUCUUCACGAACACGCGCUUGUGUUGUGCAUCUGGUGUGAAGGAAAGUGCAGUAUGAAUGCUAACAAACUCAGGAACUCUAGAGAUUAAUGUAACGAUGAUGACCGUGUGUGAAAUGCUUUAUUUUGUAAAUUGAGAAUAUUUAAUAAA